AUCAAACACAGUCCACUAGUCUACCCAAUUACGAAAUGUAGCCCGUGAAUUAAAAACAAAACUAAUUAGAAGAGAGUCCACGUGUGAAAACAUGAUUGGAAGGAACCCCGCCCGGUGACAACAAGCAGAGAAAACCCACCACCGCUUCCCUCUUCGGUGGUAUAGUUCGAUCCAGCCAUCCCAUACUAUCCAAAGAUUUUGAUUCCUCUAUUUUCUGGAAUUCGAAAGAGAAAGAGGCAUUAAUCGAUACUUUUUACUUCACAAAGAGCCUUCGAUUCUUGUACUGAUUUUUAAACAAGAGUGGUGACAACAAGAUGAUGAGGCUGCAGACGUAUGCUGGGCUUAGUUUUUUCGCUGCCCUAGCUGUUAUAUAUCAUGCAUUUAAUAGUAGAGAGCAAUUCUAUCCUGCCAUGGUGUAUUUAUCCACCUCCAAGAUCAGUUUGGUGCUUCUGCUCAACAUGGGUCUGGUCGUUAUGUGUAUUUUGUGGCAGUUGACUAAGAAGAUCUUUCUUGGUCAACUGCGGGAGGCAGAGGUGGAGAGGUUGAAUGAGCAGUCCUGGCGUGAAGUAAUGGAAAUCCUCUUCGCCAUUACAAUAUUCCGCCAGGACUUCUCUGUUACCUUUCUUGCCAUGGUUACUGCACUUUUGUUGAUUAAGGCUUUGCACUGGUUGGCUCAAAAGCGAGUGGAGUAUAUUGAGACCACCCCCACCGUGCCUAUGUUGUCCCAUGCCCGCAUUGUUUCUUUUCUUGGCUUCCUUCUCCUCAUUGACAGCAUCUUCUUGUAUAACUCUGUAAAGUAUCUGAUACAGACUAGGACGGCUUCAGUCUCCCUAUUUUUUUCUUUUGAGUACAUGAUACUUGCUACCACCACAGUCUCUACUUUUAUCAAAUAUGUGUUUUAUGUGAGUGACAUGCUUAUGGAUGGGCAAUGGGAAAAGAAGGCUGUCUACACCUUUUACUUGGAACUCAUCCGGGACUUGUUGCACCUGUCUAUGUACCUAUGUUUCUUCCUUGUUAUCUUCGUGAACUAUGGUGUUCCUCUUCACUUAAUUCGGGAGCUUUAUGAGACCUUCCGUAACUUCAAAAUCCGCGUUGCCGAUUACAUUCGUUAUCGGAAAAUCACUUCAAAUAUGAAUGACCGGUUUCCAGAUGCAACCCCUGAAGAACUGGAUGCAAGCGAUGCAACUUGCAUUAUUUGUCGUGAGGAGAUGACCACAGCAAAGAAACUUGUUUGUGGGCAUCUCUUUCAUGUGCACUGUCUUCGUUCGUGGUUGGAAAGACAGCACACAUGCCCAACAUGCAGAGCUCUAGUCGUGCCACCUGAAAAUGGGACGAGUACAGCUGGAUCACGAGCCGACAGCCAUCAACAAGGAACAAGCAUGGCUGGUACAUCAUCUUCUUCUGGAUCUACUUCUGCGGGUAAUGAUGUUGGGAAUGGCGAUGAUGGUAAUCACCACCAGGCUCGACUCCAAGCCGCCGCCGCUGCCGCUGCCAUAUAUGGAAAAUCUUUUGUUUAUCCUUCUCCUAGUACCCCUGUGUGGUAAUGUUGUCUAUCUCUUGCCCUGGAAUCUGCAUUAAUUGAUGGGUAGCUCCUAUUACUGCUGUCUCUUUACCUUGCAUAUUUUUUACUUGUAGGGCUCCUGGCUCAGCUGGUGUAGCCGUAGCAGGACCUCAGUCACAACAGCAUCCACUUGGUAGCACCUUUGUCCAGUUCUCACAAUUUCCUUUUGCUGGUACACAUGUUCCUGGUGGCAAUACCGGGUAUGGAGUGGGACUUGGUAGCUACCAACCCGUAUCGGAAUCUCAAUUGGAAGCUCAGAAAAAACUUCUGGAGCACCAGAUUGAGGUAAGUGGAGAUGUACAUAGCUUGAAAGUCUUUAUAGCUUCAUCUUGCCUCUCUCAGUUAUGGAUCUAUAUGGAAGUUUAAAUCUUUUGAAUUCCUUCAAGCUUUCAAGCUCUCUCAGUUUGAAUUCCUUCAAACUUCCAAUUUCGUAUUCUUUUUCAAGUCAGCAAGGAUACUGUUGAUUUGUAAAGAAUCUUUUUUGUUAGGAAGUAUUUGUGUUCUUUCGAUUACCAUGUUGGAGGAUGGAUCUGGUUUACGCGUAAUCAAUGACUCAAUGGUUUUUGCCAUUUCCAAUUUCCUUUUGAAAUAAAGUGAAUGUCAAAGGAUUUGUCUUGGUACAUGGUAUAGCAAUGAUUUUUUUGUUUUGUUGAUUCUUGGGCAUUAGGUAGAUGUGAUCGAGUGGUGUUAUCAUGUUUCUUGCCAAUUCAUUUUGACUGAAAAAAUCUAUAUCCUCAGAUUUUACAGGCCCAGCUCCAGCUGAUAGGGAAAGUUGUUUCAGAGAGAAAUACAGAGACAGAAUUAGCCGACAAAAGCAACACCAAGGGCAAAGCUGUUGUUUUAGGUUCAGCGUCGUCCUCCUCUUCAGAUGGCAAUCAGGAUGUGUAGACUCAAUACAGAAACUAAUAGAGUUUCGACCAAGCCCAAGUUUCUAGGUUAAUGACAAAAAGAAGAAGAAUGUAAGAAAGAAGAGAACAAAAAAUGAAAAAAUGGAAGACGCUCAAGGAAUGCUGACAGGAGGAUUUUGAUUUAGGAUCUGUAAUUUUCGGUUAUGUCCAAUUCAGAGGACAUUUUUGUAUCAUAAUGAUAGGACUCGUCAACUGUGAUUUAUGGAAUAGUAAUUUAUAUAACAAUUAUGCCUUUUCAAUUUAAUGUAUAUAGGCAAUGUUGGAAGUCAGGGUUUACAAGGAUGGGGUUAUUUCUUUCGUUUUGUCUGAAACGAAAUAAUCAUUUUCAUAAAGAAAAGCUUUGGUAAGAGUUAUACAAUUUGACCUAAGUUGAUAUAGAACAAUAAGCUUGAAAAUGUGUAGAGAAUGAAUGAGUGCGCGACUAGCUAACCUAAUGCAAAUGCUAUUCCAACUUUUCCGAAUAAAUAGAAUUUACAUUUAUCAAAAUGAGACUUCAUCUACCUUAAGAUGAUAAUCUCCACAUCUAGUUGUACUUUACCAUUUUCAUCCUUUGAUGUUGAGCUUCAAAACCCGCCUUCCUUUCAGCUUCCAUUUCAGCUGUCAAGUCACUCAAAGAAGAGGCUAAGAAAAUUGAAGUGUCCUUCCUAACUCUUUUAACUCCAAAACCAGUUUUGCUUGUCUACAAAUCCCUGAUUGUACCUACAGUCCUGCCUGAAAUUCCCCCAUUCCAGCUUCUGGUGCUUUCCAACAGUCCUGCCUCUCUUCUGUUGCAAUAGGCCUGUUUUAAUCUUUUUGGCAUUUGGGCACUUUGCAUUCAGACCGUUCUUUCUAGGCCUUAUUGCAUGUUUCCAGCGAUGAAACCUUUUUUUUGGUAAAAAAACCAAUUGUUUCAGGUCUUCCACACCUAUCAGAGAAGGUUAACAGUGAUCUCCAUUCUGGGCUGUAAAUUAUCAUCACAACAUCCCUCCUUAUCUAUUUUGAUCUGAUGUACAACUACUCCUUAUGUAUUUACAAAUUUGCC